CAUGCGCAUUAGGACGCCGCUGGUCGUGUGUAGGAAUAUGGCCGUUGAGAUGCAGACGGAGGAUUUUCCUUACUUACCGUCGGGGCCGGCGGAGAUAAAUAAGAUGAUAAAGGAGCAUGGCAACCUGUUUUCUGACUCCCAGUGUAAAGUCUGCAGUGCUGUCCUAAUUUCUGAGUCUCAGAAGUUGACUCAUUAUCAGAGCAAGAAACAUGCCAACAAAGUGCGGCGUUAUCUUUCGAUGCAGAACGAGGAGACGGCGGUCAAAAAGAUGAAGACGGUAUCAUCUGACACUCAGGACUGUAACAAUGGAGACACGGACCGGUUGAAGGCGUGUCAUGUAUGUAACAUGACCUUCUCUGCUCCGGUUGUGGCCGAGUCUCACUAUCAGGGCAAAGUUCACGCCAAGAACCUGAGGCUGAAAACAGUCGGACCUCAGACCCCAGCAGUAGCACCUCCACCAACGCCGACAGCUCAGCCGAAGAAGAAACCUGCAGAUGACUCGAGUGCUGCUCCAGCGACGGGCGGCAACAACAACAACAACAACAACCCGGACCGUUUCUGCUCCAUCUGCCAGGCCUCCUUCAACAACCCGCUCAUGGCUCAGCAGCACUAUGUGGGCAAGAAGCAUAGAAAACAGAUGACCAAGCUGAAGCUGAUGGAGACGUACGGCCCGUCCACAGCACCAGCUUCCACACUAAAUGGCUACCCGUGCCCUGUGUGCAACAUCGAACUAAACUCUGUGGAGCAGUACCAGUCUCACAUCAGUGGUGCCAAGCAUAAGAACCAGUAA